UAUUUUAACAAUUUUAAGAAUCGAAUUCUUACGUCUUUGAAAAUUUUGUUUCGAAUAUUGGAAGCAAUUUAACUUUUCUGACACAAUAUAUGUACGUGUGUAAUUCAGAUGUCUUAUAAUAUUUUAUAUACACGUAUAAUUUAAAUAUAUUGUUUCUUUUUUUUUUGUUCAAUAGUCUGAAUUAUAUAUUCUGUAUGAGUAAUAAUUCUUUAAUAGGUACGAUGUCAACGUCGAAGUCACCUGUAAAUCCUGAUGAUCAUGAAUUCGUCGUCCCAAAAAAAUCGAUUAAAGUACCAUCUGACAUGGCAAUUUGGGAAAAGUCAGAAGCGUAUUUUGAAUACUUAGGAUUUAUAUUGGCCUUAAAUGAAUCAGUUCAAGGAAAAACUUUAAAUGUUGAAUGCACACAAAGCCUCAUAAUAGCAAAUGUUAUACAAAUGCUUAAUGAAUUUGAUGAAUGGAUAACACAAAUACCUCCUACUGAACAGCCCCAACGUUUUGGUAACAAAUCAUUUAGAGUAUGGCAUGAAAAGUUACAACAGAAUGGAAUAGUAGAAUUACAAAAAGUGUUGCCAGAAAAAUUGCAUAGAGCAGUUCCAGAGAUAGUUCAAUAUUUAUAUGAAGGCUUUGGCAAUCCAACACGUAUAGAUUAUGGUACUGGACAUGAAAUGGCAUUUUUAAUGUUUUUAUGUUGUAUGUUUAAAAUUGGUGCUUUCACACAGGAUGAUAAAGUUGCUGUAGUUGUAAAAAUAUUUAACAGAUAUCUGGAAUUAGUACGUAGAUUACAACUAACUUAUCGGAUGGAACCAGCAGGUAGUCAUGGUGUGUGGAGCUUAGAUGACUAUCAGUUUGUCCCAUUUAUAUGGGGAAGUGCUCAAUUAAUUGGGCAUUCUCGUAUAGAACCUCGUCAUUUCGUUGAACCAGAUAUCGUUCAGGCUUUUAGCAAGCAAUAUAUGUUUCUUGGUUGUAUUGAAUUUAUUUCAAAGGUAAAGAUAGGUCCAUUUGCUGAACAUUCAAAUCAGUUAUGGAAUGUUAGCGCAGUAUCUUCAUGGGUCAAAGUAAAUAGUGGCCUUAUCAAAAUGUACAGAGCCGAGGUUUUAGCAAAAUUUCCUGUUAUCCAACAUGUUUUUUUUGGUUCUUUACUGUCAAUAAAACCGGCGUCUAUUCCCGCUGUCAAAAAGCAAUAUCGAGAUCAACCACUACAACCACCACCGACUCAGUAACAAUAUUUUCCAAAUAUAUUCAUAUUUGUUGUAGUUU